AUGGAGCGGUAUCUAGUGGAGAACAGGUGAGUGAUGUAUGCUCGCCGCCUAUGUACAGUAAUGUCAGCCAAUGUGAAGUAGUUGUUCGUUGGCUGACGAUUUGGAGACACAAAGAACCGGAACAGCUUUUACUGGUGUCCACACGCAACACACACACACACACACGCGCACGAUGUCAAUCACGGUAUCAGUGAGGCGCGUUGGUAGCCACGCAGAAUCGACGCGCUCUCUCUCCCCGAUUUGAGAGUUGCCAGGGAAGGCCGCUCGGAACGACGGGAGAACUGGAGGGGAAGCAGAAAGUUGAGAGGCAGGAACACUACCAGAUCUCGCCAGAGAUGACCGGGAUGGCCACCAAUCGUGAUGAGAACACCAAAGAAUGGCUAGAAUGAUCACUGGAAGGGAAAGCAAACGAAAGAACGCUCGUUUAUUGUAGAAUGGUCAGCAAAAGGUGUUCUCUGUCAGUCUGCGCGCUCAUCGUAAUAACAAACCAGCUUGAUAUGUCCGAUAUCUAUAUACUUUGUAAUGGAUUGUCUUCCUCUCCUUUGUACGUUCGCCGUCUGCAGUGCUGUCAUCUCCCAAUCGCUGGAUCGGAAGCGAUUCGUCGUGGAGGGCGCUGUUAGGCCAUAUGGAGAUGGGCAGUACGAGUACAUGCAUCCGCGGCCAGGGGCGCUGCACGUGUCGGAGCUGACUUCCAUUGCCGUCAGGGAGGGCGACACAGUCAUCCCUGAUAACCUGGACAGCCUCUUCAACGUCACUGGGGAGAAGAGCCGACAAGUGAAGGGGAGAACUGUCUUGGCCCGCGACAACAAAACGGUGGUCUUUUAUGCUGAUCAGCCCUUUGCCCUAGAGGAGAAUGUCAGUGUCAAGUUCGGUCCCGGCCUGCGCGUGCGGCGCUCCGAAAGGCGUAAGAAAGAACAUGAGGCAGGCUGCUACGAAUGGAGCUUUUGGAUACGAACGGAGUAUGGGUCAGCGAGCGUGCAAACGAUAUUGCCGUUCGACUAUUUGGAUGAAAAGAAUGAGCAGGAGGCGAUUGAACUUGGAUCGAUACCCAUGAAUCGCUACCGUACACUCCCGACGUGGGCCGCGAAGUGGAGGCCAUCUCCGGAGGGCGAGAAGGCCGCCUUGGACCCAAAAAACAAGGAAAACAAGGCAAUUCGUGACGGAGAGCUUUAUUACUUUGGUGUUGGAGGAAAUUACGGAGAGCAUAUUGGCCAGAGUGUCAUUACAACACGCGAGGUACAACGCAUAUACGGAAUGGUGUUAAUGCAGAGCCUGUUGUUGCUGCACAUCAAACAGGGUGACCUAGUCUGGUGGGUGAAGGCGUCUGCAGGGGCCGGUAUGCUUGGCGCGACACAAAAUGGACGUUUGGCGCUAUGGGACCAGAGGCCGAAUGAUGGUGCCAUGGCUGUGUACGAAGUGAACUCCACAUAUCAGGUGGUCGACAGGUGAAGAAAUCACUAGAGCAACAACAGCAUUCUUCUUUCCAAUGCAAGAUUUGACCAGACACCAAAUGGGUCACGGCUACCCUUUAGACUAUCAUAACGCAUUCUUUGAUGAGGAGGGCAACACAAUCCUGACAGGCAAGACCAAAGUCAAUGGCGUCCUGCACAACGGUCAGACAGCAAGCAAGAAGGCAGUGGGGCUGUAUGUGUGCCCUGUGUGCACAUGUUCUUCCCCUUGUUUCAGUGGUGCAUGUGUUAGACGCCAGCACGAAUGUGCUCCUGGAGUGGCGCAGCAUCGAUGAUUUCAUUGACGAUGCCGAUCCCAUCUUGCCGGGGGAGGCGGAUAAUGGAGAUGUACGUGCCAGUUGCUCAUUAUAAUAGUGUCUACAUGUCUGCUUCCCCGCGUGCGUAUGCCAGGUGUAUCACAUCAAUAAUGCCGAACGGACGCCGGACGGUGAGCGCGGUCAGCAAACCGCAUAUCGUUAA